AUGACCUCUCCCACGUCAGCCGGUGGACUGAUCGGUCGUUGCUGUUCAGGUGAGCAGCAUUCAGCUUUGCGGGCGCAUCGGUUAGACAGUGUUCGGCUUUGGUCACAUGAACUCUGGCCCCCAACUCCACUCUCUUCCGUGAGCGUUGACUCUCGGUCCCGCGUACUUGUUUGCCUUACUGGUCCUGUCCGGACUAAUCCGAGCCUUGAAUGCAGCCCCUGGCAGGCGGGAUGUAGAUCUAUAGCUCGGUUGAGUGUGCCAGUCGAGGACCACCUUUCGAGCACCAGUCUGGCCAUCUUCUCAUUGGCUCGACCAAUUACCCUCACUUUCUCAAAGGCAAAAUCGUGGUUCAGUUCGCGUAUGUGGCCAUAGACCAAAGACAGCUUGUCCGUGCGGUUGAUUGCAAGUUGGUGUUCCUGCAAUCUUGUACCGAGGCGUUUGUCCGUUUCACCAACAUACCUCGCAUUGCAAUUUAGGCAUGGUAUACUGUAGACCACCGCCGACUGUUCUGUUGUCGAUAGCGGGUCUUUGGUCUUCAUGAUUUGCUGUCUGAUGUGCAUUCUGGUUUAUGAGCCACGCCAAUCCCAAAAGGUUCCAGGAUUCUCGCCGUUUCCUCUGAUACGUUCUUCACGUAGGGUAUUGAGAGCCAGAACUUGGGCUUUUCUCCACUCGACCGCCCAAAAUGAGGCUUUUUGGGACAAUUGCGUAUGAAUGACUUCGGGUAGCCGUUGGCUUUAAAAAGAGCCUGUAAGUAAUUCAUAUCCUCCUUCCUCCAACUGUCGUCGCUACAGUGGGAGGAAGGAGGAGAUGAAUUACUUACAGGCCCUUUUUAAACUCCAACUCCAACUGUGUUGGAGGCUAGAGGGGGAUGAUGAUUCAGUGUAACUAUGGCAAAUGGACUUAAUUGUUGUCGAUCCGACAUGAGGGCAGAGGUCAGUGAGCCAGCGUAGAGGUGUUAGGGAUUGCAGUUGCGGUUUGCUGUCUGGGGUAGGGGGUGGCGAAACAGUAUGAUUAUACAUGGCCCGGUAUGGAUUAGCGGCUAUUGUCAGGUCGUGGGUGCAAGUCAGACCUUCUUAAUGAACAUAAUGAAGGUAUUCAGACUCAGAUGCAACUGCGCCAAUUCGCAGGUCUUCAUGAUAACGAACGUAUCAUCUUCGUACCGGAGUCACAUUUUUGGUUUAAAGGUUCGCACAACUUCCUUCUCUAAUUGUUGUAGUACCAGUUCAGCUAAUAGACUUGCUAUUAGCGAGCCCAUUGGCGUACCUCUAAACAGUUGACAGAACUUUCCGCCGAAUUGACAGUAGUUCUUGAGACAGAGUCUAAGAAUUUCUGAAACGUGUUGUAUUAGAAUUCUGGUUGGAUUAUCUUGCAGGCGUCGGGUUACGCUCUCACUCGCCAGGUCAUGUGAUAUUGAGGAAAACAGGGCAACCACAUCAAACGAUAGAAUACACUCAUCAGGACUUACUUUGAGGCCUUGGAUCUUCUGGAGGAAUAAAUACCACCGCUUUAGAUGCCAAAAUGAAAAAGCGAGCCGAACUUCCAGUGGGUAAUCGGCCGGGCCAGUAAUCAGAUGGCCAGAUUAAUGCAUUAAAGUUGGUCCUCGACUGGCACACUUAAUAGAGAAAUAUACCUGCAUCCCACCUACCAGGCGCUACGCACAAGGCUCGCGUCAGUGCAGACAAGACCAUCAGGACGGUCGAGCAAAAUCGAGCGUGGCCGACAGCCUACGUCAGCGGAAAGUAGGAGAGAAGCCGGCCGGAGGUGAUGGGACCAGCGUGGGACGCCACGUCGUCGCGACGCCCACGAGGCUGAGAUCAACUUACAUGAGCCGCAGCAACUGAUCAGUUCGCUGGGUGACGAGGGGGAGGCCGACAAACAUGCUGGCUCGCCAACAAUUACGACGGCCGCAAAGGGGCCAAAAGUGGCAGGAACAAUCGUGGAGAGGCCAAUGUUAAUCGGCGGCGGACGGGCAGGUCAUAGUUCGUGCCUCGAGCAUGGAUAUAAUAUCAGGCAGGUAUCAAGGCUGAAGCAACCAAGGCCAGCAGGAACAGCCAACACAUAAUUCUGAUAAUGGAAACGGGAGGGUUUCCAAAACGUCAGUACACAUAUAACUCGGUCCAUGAAUUCGCUCUCUCUUCUUCUUCGUCUUCUUUGGGAGACGAUGAACGCGACAGAAUAUUUUGACCUUGAAUCUUUACCCAUAUCGAUGUAUGCUCUGGGCGCUCAACCCUCCGCUCAGCACGCAGAUGGGAGGCCUUCGCGAAGCGAGAGUCCUCCACCUACGCUCAGCUGAAAUCCCUGCACAGGUGCCUUGAUGAGGACGUCCUACCGAAAUGCCUCAGAUAUAGACCGCCUGUGAACACUGACCUUUGCCGACGGACGAUGGCAGACUUCAAGGAUAGAAUGAUCAGGGUACUGAUACGAGACUGCCACGCCCGCAUCCACAAGCACCGCCAGAUGAUUGAACAUCAUUCGUCAACUUGUCAGUCGAUCGUUACGGCACACAAGCUGGGGAUCCUCAAAUCGGCAAUUCUCGACAGCGCUCGGCGUCACCGCCAGUUGCGUGAUGACCAGUUGUCUGGAAAAUUUGAGAAAAUAAGUCCGCCAAAGCAGCCCUCUGCUGACGGUGCCUUGGUUCACAACUUGUCCUCUCACCGAUUCACUCAGCAACAACUAGCGGUUGUAUCCUAUGACGCAAAGUUCAGCACAAGAGAUGCUGCAUCCUUUGAAUUGGCGCUCCAGAAGUGUGAGGCAGGCGAGGAGUGCAAAAACGCCAUGCGACAACAAGUGUCGACCUUACUCCUCUGA